CGGACAACUCUCUCGUUCUUCCCAUCCUUUUCUUUUAUUCAACAGAUCUUUUAUGAAGACUCAUGAACACAUUUACCAAUUCAGUAGAAAGAAUAAGUUAUACACUUACUGCCACAUUAAUAGGGCUGUGGCUGCAUCUCUGCGAACACAGCAAAUAUUUGAAUAUAGACCUACUCCAUCCGAGAACAAAGCAGCCAAAGAUACAAGCAAUCGAGUAAUCAACAUGCAAGGGCUUCAAUCUUCUGCACUUGUACCACCGCAGCCUGCGAAGCCUGUGCAACCCGAGAACGAACAACAGUUGAAUGAACCUCAGCAACGAACACAGGCAAUUGAAGCAUUAGCAUCAUCAAAAGCUAACCAAUUCACACAACAGACGCAGCAACCACAAUCGCAACAACAAUAUCAACAUCAUUACCCAUCGGACCCUCGACAGUUAAUGCUUCCUCUCCAGCACCCACAAACCCCAAUCUCCUCUGUUGAUGAACAUACAUUUCAGAAUUCCGAUGUAUCCACAGAGCAUUCGAGCAGAUAUUUCACUAGAAGCUUAUCAACUUCAUGGCCGCUAAGCAACAAUCAUAAUCUUCACCAAUAUCAAAGUCAACGAGAGUACCAGCGUGGUGUCCCACCUACGUCCACUUCAUUGACUUCAGCCUCUGGGCAUCUAGCACUUCCUGCAGAGGAUACUAAUAACAGCAAUCGCCCAAGGAGAUGGUCUUUGACCGGACGAUUUUUUGGUGAUCGCAAUCGUCGAAAAGUUUGACGGAGCCUUUUCACAUACCUCACCGAUGUGAUAACCAAUCUAGCCACGAAAAGUAUCAUGGACAUAGUACUGAACAAAAUAGUGCAAAGGAUCGACGGGCUAGUUCGCCGGUCAAUAUCCAGAAAAACAUAGUGAAGCAUCGAAACACACAAACAGUU